AUGAGUCUUCAAGAACUUUUCGCUUCUCUUGCUCACAGCCAAACACAAUUUCAACAAGAGACAAAGAACACCUUCUCCAACAUUCAAGCACAAAUUGGAGACUUGGCCACCGCUCUCAACAAGAUAGAACAAAGGGGUAAACUUCCAUCUCAAACCGAGAAGAAUCUGAAUGUGAGUGCAAUAACCUUGAAAAGUGGGAAAAACCUUGGAGAAGGCAACCCCAAGAGAGUUUCAAGAGAAGAAGAAUAUGAUGUUAUUGUUGUUGAGCCUACAAAGGUUGUAGUUCCUCCAAAGGAACCAAUUGUGACAAAUAUUGAGCAACCCGAAUCUUCCAACAAGACGAUCAAGCCAUUGGAUUUGUGCACCAAGAAGCGAAAAUUCAAAGAAAAUGAAAAGAUUCAAGUCAAUGCAAACGUGUCCACGGUUAUCCAAAAAAAGUUACCUCCCAAAUGCAAGGAUCCAGGAAUAUUUGCUAUCCCUUUUACCAUUGGGGAUUUGCAUGUUGAAAGUGUCAUGUUAGAUCUUGAAGCCUCGAUUAAUGUGAUGCCAUAUUUGGUUUUUCAAUCUCCCAAUGUUGGACCUUUGGAAGAAACGGGAGUAAUCAUUCAAUUAGCAGACAAGUCAAGGGGACUUACAAGAGGAGUGUUGGAGGAUGCUUUAGUACAAGUUAAACAACUUGUUUUUCCUGCGGAUUUUUAUGUCAUUGAUCUUGAAGACAAGGCUCAUUCCAAAUCAUCUAUGAUCCUCCAUGGAAGAGCUUUCAUGAAUACUUCUCACACAAUCAUUGAUGUCCAUAAAAGAAAGAUAACUAUGGAGUUUGAUGGAGAAACCAUUCACUUCAACAUUUUUGAUGCAAUGAGGUACCCUAGCAACAUUUCUCCAUUGUAUCGGGUUGAUGUAAUUGAGCCAAUAACCCAAAAAGUAUUUGAUUUGUCUCAUGGGGAUAUUUUGGAGAUGAUACUCAACAUGAACCUUGAUUGUGAGAGUUUGAAGAAAAUACUGGAAAUGUAUACAUUGGACUCUAAAGUUGAAAAGAUUGUGAAGAGUUUAAAAGUAAACAAUUCAACAAAGAAGGAUGUCUCUCAAGUCGCUUUAUCUCAUUCUCCAAACAAGAUGCCCCAUUCCAUAAUCCACCCACCUACACAUCCUCCAAUGAUAGAAGUGAUCAAGAAAAAUAUAAUUAAAAGGUGA